UGUGUCCACCCGUCGCGCGAGGCGCGCAGCCGCCCGGCCGCUUUACAGCUCCCGCUCGAUCGAGCUCCUUUAUAUAGGCGCCAGUGAAGCCUCGUUUCGCCAGCGCUACUGCUGCUCACGCCCUGAAUCGAACACCCUACCCGGUCUUAUCCUCUGUCGCCGUAUAGAGCUCGCGUGGGGAGGGAGAAGGCUCGGGAAGGAGCAGCCGAGGCCGGAGAGGCGGCAUGGGGUGCGACGACAAGUGCGGGUGCGCCGUGCCGUGCCCCGGCGGCAAGGACUGCAGGUGCUUGUCGAGGGGCGGCGGCGGCGGCGGCAGCGGCGGGCAGCGGGAGCACACGACGUGCACGUGCGGGGAGCACUGCGAGUGCAGCCCCUGCACCUGCGGGCGGGCCACGCUGCCGUCGGGACGGGAGAGCAGGAGGGCCAACUGCUCCUGCGGGCCCAACUGCAACUGCGCCUCCUGCAGCGCCACGGCCUGAUCCAGUGAUCCAUGAGCAGCCCAAAGCCGAGCCACUACUCUAGACCUGUCUGCAGCUCGUAGUAUUAAAGGAUAGUAUACUACUGUAGGAAAUAAAGGGCUUAUGCAAGUCCAGAGUCUAUGUUUGCAGCUCGCAUCAUGCGAUGCGGCGUGGUGAUGUGCUACUGUGCUACUGUACGAGAAGACUGAAGGAUGGCAUGAAAACUAUAUAAAAGUUCGUAAUAUGUAUGGUGGAAUAUAAGUUCGUAAUA